AUGGACACAUACCAGCUCAACUUCGCAGGGUUGCUGGGCCUGUGCGCCGCCCUCUUCAUCGCCCAGAGGAGAAAGCCAGCUCAGCCUAAGCAGGAUGCAAACAAGGCAGAAGCAAAGAAGGAGCCAGAAACCAAGCAGCAGACACACAGCGAUGAGGCAUCUCAAUGGCCCUUCCUGGUCGUCUUUGCCCUCGUCAUGGGCUCAGACUGGCUGCAGGGCCCAUUCCUCUACUCCCUCUACACCGAGGAACACAACGUCUCACCAGCCAUGGUGUCAACCCUCUUCACCACCGGCUUCCUCUCUGGCGCCGUCUCCGCCUACGCCACGGGGACCCUCGCCGACCGCCACGGCCGCCGCCUCGCCUGCCUGGUCUUCUGCGGCGCCUACGCCCUCAGCUGCGCCCUGACCACCAUCCCCUCGCUGCCGCUGCUCUUCGCCGGCCGCGUCCUGGGCGGCGUGGGGACGAGCCUGCUCUUCAGCGUCUUCGAGAGCUGGAUGGUCACCGACUUCCACGACCGCGGGCUCGCCGGCAAGGGCGGCGACCUCAGCCGCACCUUCGGCGUCAUGAGCACCCUCAACAGCGUCGUGGCCAUCGUGAGCGGCGUCUUCAGCGAGUGGGUCGUCGCCGUGUCCGGCUCGCGGAGGGCCCCCUUCGCCGCGGCCGUCGUGCUGCUCGCCGCGGCGGGCUGCGUCAUCUCCACGCGGUGGCGGGAGAACUACGGCGAUUCUGCGAGGUCCGACAAGAAGCCCAAGGCGGCGGGCAGCGGCGGCAAGAAGGAGGCCGCCGACGAGGCCCCGAAGCCGAAGCCGAAGCUGCGGGAGAUGCUCAAGGACCCGCGCAUCGUGUGCCUGGGGCUGUCGUCCACCAUGUUCGAGGGCUCCAUGUACCUCUUCGUCUUCAUGUGGGGCCCCGCGCUGCAGUCCGCGCACGCCUACGAGUCCUCCGCCUCGUCCGCCUCGUCCGCCGCCGCCGCCGGCCUCCCCUACGGCAUCAUCUUCGCGAGCUUCAUGGCCUCGGUCCUCGCCGCGUCGCUGCUCUUCAACAUCGCCAUGGACAACAAGCUGCUGAGGUACACGUACCUCCUCGGCGGCAUCCUGGCCGCCGCCGACCUCGUCUUCUACCUGCUCGAGCAGCCGCGCCCCGAGCAGCUCACCUUCUGGCUCUUCUGCCUCUUCGAGGCCUGCGUCGGCAUGUACUGGCCGUGCAUGGGGUACCUCAAGGGCCAGCUUAUCGACGACGGCGUGCGCGCGCAGUUGUACGGCAUCCUGAGGGUCCCGCUGAACGUGUUCGUCGUGGUCUCCCUGUACUUCACCGGCGACGGGGACUCUUAUGCCAAGGUCUUUGCCGUCUGCUCGAGGCUGUUGCUGUUGGCUAUCGGGGCGCUGUACGCUAUGAUUAUGAAUGAGGAUGAGAUACCGUGA